AAAAAAACAAACUUUUUUCUUUCUCUAUCUUCUCUGUACCCAUUAAUUUUUUUAAAACAAUUAAAUAUUUUAUUCCACUCACCCAUAGCAAAAACACAUAUAUUUUUCAACCAUGCCUACGGAACAAAUGACAAGUGCCAACAAACCACUCAGCACCGAAGGUCGCACGUACCACAUAGAGACGCGUUCAGGCGAGGUAUCCAACCGCAUCCUAACUGUUGGCGACCCCAAACGCGCGCAAAAAAUGGCCAGUUACCUAGACAAAAUCCUCUUCACACACUCCUCUCACCGCGGGUUCCUCACUAUAACUGGUCUCUACAAGGGCCUACCAAUCAGCGUAGUUGCCAUAGGAAUGGGUCUUUCCAUGAUGGAUUUCUUUGUAAGGGAAAGUCGAAUGGUCAUUGAGGGGCCCUUGAGCAUAGUGAGGUUUGGGUCUUGUGGGUCGAUUUGUCAGGCCACUUCGGGAGACAUAAUUGUUGCCAAGAGCGCAUUCGCUAUUGGGCGCAAUUAUGCGUUUUUCGAAGAAGGAGAAGGUGAGCCGUAUUUGCUCUGGAAACCUGUGCAAGCUGAUAAAGAUUUGACGCGCGUCGUGAAGCGGAAACUGAGUGAAGCUGUGGGCGCAGAGCAUGUUUUUGCGGGAUCUGUCGGUAAUGCCGAUAGUUUCUAUGGGUCGCAGGGCCGGAUCGGAACCGAUUUCUAUGAUUGUAAUGAGGGGCUGUUGGACCGCAUAAGGGAGAAGUACGAGGACGCUUCGGCGCUAGAAAUGGAAAGCCACAUGCUGUUUCAUUUAGCACAGGCGUCCACCGGAGCCAAAAACAUGGACCGGCCAUCCAUCCGCACUGCUUGCGCUUUGAUGGUGUUUGCUGACCGGACGGGCAACAAGUUUAUUUCUCCCGAGGAUAGCGAGCGCUUAGUGGAGAUUGCCGCCAGGGCCGUGUUUGAUGCCUUGGUGGAGGAUAUGCCCACCCAGGAGGGCCUGCAUCCAGCGGCCGGCAGUGUCUGGGAAAAUGAAAUAUAACUUGAAUUGGUUCUUCCGGCUUUUGAAAAAAUAGUAUAUAUAUAGG